AUGGGAUCUAUAUUUCAAGAGUAUUAUAACGGGAGUGUUUUGGCCACCAAUGAUGUGGUCAUUGUUUCCGUUAACUAUAGACUCGGACCCUUAGGUUUCCUAUACGGUGGCGAUGAUACCAGUCCUGGAAAUGUGGGCUUUUAUGACCAGUUGUUAGGACUUAAAUGGGUUCGAGAAAAUAUACAUUUGUUUGGUGGAGAUAAGGAUGAAAUUACUAUAUUUGGUUGCAGUGGCGGCAGUUGGGCCGUAUCGGCACACAUAUUGUCUCCCCUAUCAAAGGGUCUGUUUAAGAGGGCUAUUAUGGAGAGCGGAUCCGUUUUGUAUAAUAAGGACAGACCGGCGCUCAGUACUGUUGAGGGCCUCCAAAGGGCUAAGAAUUUGGCGAAACAACUAAAUUGUGAUGAAUAUGACUUCAAAUGGUUGGACUAUAUAGAGGAAGUGUCCGAUUUUUAUCUCAAAAGUAUUGACACAACAAAUGAAUCCCAAUUGAAGGGAGCGUUUAAUGCACUCUAUGGGGAUCUGGUGUUCACGUGUGCGACCUAUCACUUCGCCAAACAAUUUGCCAAAAGUGAUGUCAUAUGUCACGGCUCAGACAUCCCUUAUGUGUUUGGUUCACCACUUGUUUCCCAAAAUAUGUUCACAGAAACUGAUUAUGAUUUCAGUAUUGAGAUCAUGAAGAUGUUAACAGAUUUUGCCAAAAAUGGAAAACCACACAAUGUUUGGCCGAAACUGAUAGACAUUUCGGACGCGAAUUCAGUGCCAAAAGUGAAAGACUUGAUAGGGUUGCUAUACAGUGAACAAAACCUGUUAGGAAUGCCUUCAUGA